UCUGAAGAAACGAGAGCGGAAGUGUCGUUCCCGCGAGGAAGCCUCAAACAGAGGAGGAGGCACUUCAACUUCCACAGAAGAACUUGUGCCGAGACUCCGGCCUCCCUCGCGGACGAAAUGGAAGACGUCUCCAUUGAACGUUUGGUCCUGAAGCUCCACGAGGUGUGCGGGGUGAAGUUCGGGGAGUACAAGCUGAAGAGCGGCCUGCUGACGCCCAUUUACAUCGACCUGCGGGUCCUGGUGUCCCACCCGGCCCUCAUGAACCAGGUUUCCAGUCUUCUGUACCAGCGGGUGCAAGACGAGGGUCUGCAGUUUGACUCCCUCUGUGGGGUUCCAUACACAGCCCUGCCCUUGGCCACCAUCAUCUGCUCCAGGCACGAACUGCCCAUGCUCAUCAGGCGAAAGGAGGCCAAGGACUAUGGAACCAAGCGCAUGGUGGAGGGCUCAUUUCGGCAGGGGGACACGUGUCUGAUCAUCGAGGACACGGUGACCAGCGGCAGAAGCAUCCUGGAGACCGCCGAGGUGCUCCACAAGGAGGGACUGAAGGUGACCGACGCCGUAGUGCUGAUGGACAGGGAGCAAGGCGCCGUGGAGAUGUUGGCGUCUCGGGGAAUCCGGCUCCACCCCCUCGUCUCCAUGUUCAAGCUGCUCGAGGUGCUGCAGGCGGCCGAGCGCAUCGACGCCAAGACCUGCCAGAGCGUCAAGACGUUCAUCCUGGACAACAACACUUUCAGCCGCAAAGACGAUAACGGCAACGGUUUCCCUGCGACCAAGAUGCCGUGCGUAGAGAGGAGCGCGGAGCUGAGCUACGCAGACCGAGCUAAGCUGCCCAACGUCCACCCUCUGGCGUCCCGGCUGCUGGCCGCCAUGGAGGAGAAGCGGUCGAACCUGUGCUUGUCGGCCGACGUGACGAGCGGCGAGGAGCUCCUCCGGCUGGCGGACUCCCUCGGCCCCGCCAUCUGCGUGCUGAAGACCCACGUGGACAUCCUGGAGGACUACACCGCCGCCUUGGGCCAGAAGCUGCAGGCGCUCGCCGAGAAGCACAACUUCCUCGUCUUCGAAGAUCGCAAGUUUGCCGACAUCGGGAACACGGUGAAGCACCAGUAUGAAGGUGGGUUGUACCGGAUCUCCUCUUGGUCCCACAUAGUGAACGCCCAUGCGGUGCCGGGCCCCGGGGUCGUGAAGGGCCUGAGCGCCGUGGGGAAGCCUCUGGGCCGCGGCUGCUUGCUCAUAGCGCAGAUGAGCUCCCAGGGGUCGCUGGCUACCGGCGAGUACACACGGGCUGUGCUGACGAUGGCGGAGGAGCAGUCCGACUUUGUCAUUGGGUUCAUCUGUGGCUCCAAAAUCACCAAGAGGCCAGAGUUCAUCCACAUGACCCCUGGUGUGCAGCUGCAGGCCGGCGGUGAUGUUUUGGGCCAGCAGUACACCACCCCGGAGGAAGUCCUUUACAGGAACGGCUCCGAUGUCAUCAUCGUGGGUCGCGGGAUCCUGGAGGCCCCCGACAGGCUGGCGGCUGCCGAAUCGUACAGGAAGUCUGGCUGGGAGGCUUACACAAAGAGACUGGGCCGCAGUGGCCAGUAGGAGGUCGCAGCGCUGCGUCGAAUUUCAAAUUAAACCCUUUUUAUGAGGACUUCUGCAGUUGACCUCUAAAGUAUUUUCUCAUUAUCAAGGAACGUGAGCGAGCACGUCUUCACGUCACUGCUGAACGCAUGUAAAUUCAAACUUUUGAUUCGGUGGUAUUGAUGAGCUGCUUUAACUGUGUUCUUCUGAUUUGCCUCGUAUCAAUAAACUGGGCCUAAAGUCUGCUACGGUACCUCUGACCAGGAUGAAACACAUUUUGGGGAAAUGUAUCAGUAAAAUGUGGAUUACCUUGAAAUGCCAGUUUUUUUUUUUCCCUAUUGGGACCAGUUUGUUUCCUGAGGCACUUCCAUUUGUGUGUUUGUGUUAACGCAACCGUUGCAGUACCAGACUGGUACGAUAGCUGUGACAUCCGAGGUUGUAAUUUAGGGAAAAUGCUGCUACGGUCUAUGGUUCAAUCUGAAUCUCAAGCAUCAUUCUUCACAUUGUCACACUUUUCCGUGACGAUCAUUCGGUUAUUAAAGUCCGCCUUGGAGUUGUUUUAAGAUACAAAGGAAAGUCUGUUUCAGUUUGAGGUUCCUCCCUUUAAAAGCAAAACCUUUUUAUUUACGGUGCGUCCUGGGGACAAAGCUGUUACUAGACCUGCAUACACCAUUUGUUUCGGGGAGCUGAGACUUGAUACUUAAAUUAAUGUUACGAGGGAAAUCGUCUUUUCAUGACUAAUAUUUGUUCCUCCACUACUGUGCAAAUAUCAACUUACUAUGUUAUUUGUUUUUUCAAGCGAGAUGCUUUUAAACGUUUGCUAUUCUACCUCGUGAUUUUCAUCCUCCAUUCUGCCCUCAACACUUAAAUACUGAUCAAUCAAGCGUUGGAUAAUCUCCAGACACAGUGUACGUCUGCACAUAUGUCAAAUGUGAUAUUUUAUUAACUUUUUAACUAAUUUGUUUCCUAUUGGGUUGAAUGUCCAUGUUCUCAUCUCUCUAUUGUGCCUCCAUAAUGAUGGGUUUGGAAACAAUUACAAUAAAAGCAGCAGAGCCUGAGACAACUUGUAUUCAUCGCCGUU